UGUUGACCUGUUAUCAUUUUAGUAUUGUCACAGAAUUGUAGAUUAAUAGUACAAAAAUUGGUUUUAAAUAAUAAAUAGUGAUUUGUUAAGAGACCUGAGCAAGCGUUGACUCAUAAUCAAUAUCUAAUGAAUCAGUCAGUCAGAUGGAUGCAAAAGAUUAGUGAAUCUUGAAAAAUAAAUAAUCAUGGGAAAUAAAAGUGGAAAACAGAAGAAGAAGGAUAAUAACGAGGAGGGUGAUUCUACUAAAGUGAAUGGAGAGGCUGGACAGGCAGAAAAUAAAACAGAGGAAGGAGGGGACACAAAACCUGAGGAAAAAGUAGCAGAAGGUAAUGGAAGUAAAGAAGAAACUAGUGAUCAAAAAGAUAAACAAAGUGAAGAAAAAAGUGAUGAUAAGCAAAGUGACACAAAAACUGAUGUAAAAUCUGAUGAAAAAUCUGAUUCAAAACCAGAAACUGAAGAUUCUAAACCAGAAUCACCAAAGGAGAUAGUGCCAGCAGCAGAAUCACCUAUUAAACCAGAAGAAAAAUCAGAAUCAUCUAAAACAGAAGAACAAUCAGAAAAACCUAAACCAGAGGAAAAAUCAGAAACACCUAAACCAGAGGAAAAAUCAGACACACCCAAAGUAGAGGAUACAAAACCAGAAACAGAAAAAAAAGAAGAAACACAGCAGUCAGAGUCCACGAAAACUGACGAAACACAACAGCCACAGGAAACAAAACAAGAGGAAGUGACAACACAGGAAGAAACAAAACAAGAAGUCCCUGUGGAAGAAGUACAACAGGCAGCAGAAACAACAACUGUAGAAAGUGCACCAGAAGAACCAAAACAGACUGAGGAAAGUGCACCAGAAGAACCAAAACAGACUGAGGACCCAAAACCUGAGGAACCACAGAAAACAGAGGAAGUAACACCAGUAGUACAAUCAGAACAAAAGCCAGAGGAACCUGAAACAAAAGAGCAAGAAAAAGAAGAGACACAGCAGGAAACUAAAGUAUCAACAGAAUUUAAAUGGGAGGAUGCUGGAGAGAUUGUUAAAGUAGCAGGAACAUUUAAUGACUGGAAAGAACAAAUAUCACUAGAGAAAGUGAAUGAUGUCUUUAUUGUUUCUGUUGAUUUACCAGCUGGAGAAUAUUUAUUUAAGUAUAUUGUGGAUGAAAACUGGGUCAUAAAUAAAAAUCAGCCAACCAAAAAUGAUGCAGAGGGUAUAGAAAACAAUGUUGUUGUUGUCAGCUAGACAUCCCUUUGUUGUUGUCAGCUAGACAUCCCUAAUUACAUCCAGUUUAUGUUGUUAUGAUGUCUUUAUUGUCAUGAACAAGAACCAGAAACUAUCAGUUUAUUGCUUGUAAUUAAAGGUGAUCAUGGAUCAAAUAACUAGUACGCUCAGGACAUCAGUUCAUUCAACAAUCUGUGGACAGCUAUAGACACUUUUUUAUCCAAUGUCCUUAUCACUGUAUAGGAAAGAAAUUCUCUUAAGACAGAGAAGUUAAUAAAGCAUGUGUUUGUGUAAGCUGGGGAAAAAAAUAUAUAAAAAGCUGAAGAACAAGGAUGAACUGUGCCUUCUGUUAUGUGAACUUUAUUUUUAGUUUUAUAUUAUUUCAAAGUGAAUCUUUGAAUUCAGUACAACCAUUCUCUGCAGUGAUAUUCUGAAGAUUUCAUCACCAUGGAUUAAAAGCCAAGUUGUCUUUUCUUUAAAUCAAGUGAAUGCUGAAUCUUUCUAUUGUUCUCCAUUCCAUACCAAUAAAACACUAACUCUUUCAAUAUUUUUUGAUAAUCCACCUUCAGUCUUUUAAAAUAAAUUAGUAAGGAGAGAGACUGGAACUCUUUAUCUAAACUUGAAAUGGGGUCUACAACUACAACUUGUUGGGUUCUAGAUAGAAAGAAAAAUCAUAUAAGCAUGCAAUCUCAUAGGACUAGAUAUAAAAAUUUGUAAAAAUGUAAACUUUUGUCCCAUCUUUGUAAAUAAACUAUGCAGCUUAGAAUAUAUGCAGGCCAGUUGUACAUAUGCAAUUACUGCAAAACAGUUGAUCUAUGUGCAAUACUUUUCUUUUAAGUGAACAUUUCCUAAUCAGUAUGAGUCUUUCCUAAUUUUUGUGGUUGGGAGAUAUUUCAUGUAUUAACCAACAAAAAUCAGAAUCGUUUUUUUUUUGUCAUUCUUUCCAUCUGCUCGGAAAAUCAAAUGCAUUGUCAUUAAGAUUUUCCAUAUUAAUCAGACUUAUUACACCAAGUUUAAAUAUACCAUUGAAAAUUUAUUACUCGAUUCAGACCAAUUUACAUAUAUUUGUAUUUCAUUCAUUGUCACUCAUUCUAACAGUUUGAAUUAAACUGUUUUUAGUGUAGGUAAAAGAUGUUAUCAAGCUCAAUUGGACAUCUGCAAAUGCAAACACUUUGAAAGCAAAUAACUAAAGUACAACCAUUUACAUUGAUUUUGUAAUGAACUUUCAGUGGUACUUUUAAACACAGUGUAAUUAUGAAAUAUGUUGAACUGUAUGGUAGACUAUAUUGAAAACCUUUUUUUUCACUCUGUCAAUGAUAUUUUCAUGACACAAUCUAAAUUUUCAUUUGCAUUACCUGUAAGUUACCAAUUUUAUUGGACAAUCAAGUCUGUAAGCUCAAUGUAGGCUGACCUAAGUUUCUACUGGGACCAGAUAUUUUGGACUAUCAAGUCCAUAAGCUCAAUGUAGACAGACCAAACUUCUGCUGGGACCAGUUUUUUUUUAUUUAUUAGUAUAUAUAAUUUAGAAUUUUGCUUUGUAAUAAUUGUGCAAUAGUGAUACUUUUGUUUUUUCAUUUUCAACAAUUAGUAACUGGCAAGGUUAUUUCGUUUUAGCUAAGUAAAAGCUUUGUAAAUCAGGAAACAUUAAAAAAAAAAAAAGAAGAAAGAAAUAAAUAAAUUUGAAUUAAACAUCUGUUUAUGCAUCCAUAUUGGAAAAAAAUGUUUCAAAAUCACUUGUUGUACCAGAAUGAUCAUCCUCAACAAGAUAAACAGUUACGAUCAAUUUUCAUGUAGCCAUGUAAACGAAAGUCUUAUUUUUGUAUGAAAGAUUCAGAAUGAAUGGAAUUGUGUUGCCAGAUUGUGGAGGCCAUGUAUAAUUAUAGAUUUGGGUUUCUCAUCUUCUGGCUUUUAUAUAGCUGAAUAUUUUUUUUGUGAUGUUGAUUUUCAAUAAUAUUUUUAUGAGGAUAGAGAAUUUUUUGAAAAUAAACAAUGAAAUUGAAGAAAUCUAUCUGUGGGGGAGAUGUUGAGAAUCUAAAUUAGUUGUGUGGCCUUAAGGCGUUAGACCUUGGUUUGCAAACUCUACAACAGUGAUUUUGUUGCUACACUAAAUUUCAUGUAUAUGUCAGUGCGCAGAACUUACCACUGUUUCGGAAUUUGCUUGGUAUGAGAGAGAACACUGUAAAAUCAGAACUGUGUUUGUAACAGGCAGUUUCAUAAAUGUGUUUUAAGCAUUCAUGUGAAAAAGAAUUAUAAGAAUCUGUGUUAUAUAGAAGCUUAAAAUUCAUUAAAGAAAAUGGCUGACACAAACGCUCCAGUGAUUUUUAAGAGUCAUGUCCCUUACCCAAGGUCAACCUCCUUAAGUGAUGCAUUAUCAAUGUGAUAUUAUAUUUUAUGCGUCAUGUACAAGCUAUUUACAAUGUACUUAUAUUGUAAUGUUUUAAUUAUAUAUACUAAAACCUAUGUUGUAAAUCUCAAAAUUUACUAUACCAAAACUGAUGUUGUACAUCUCAAAAUUUACUGUAAAUGUUUAAAUAAAGUUCUUUCUGAU